AUGGAUUCGCCCCUCGAUAUCACUUUCGGAGCCUCUAUCAGUGCCUUCCUUGACACGGCGGAGGAUUUCCACAAACACAGAAAGCGUAUAAACCGCAGAAUAAGAAGAUUACGUCAUGACUUGAACAUAGUAACUGGGGACACAAAGAACUACAAGGACAAGGAACAACAGACCAAGAUCAGCCAGGACGAUUAUGCCAAAGACUCCAAAUAUGGGUUGUUGUUGUUGCUCACUUCCGAGAGAGAUUACGCAUACUCGAGAGAAUUGAAGUACCUUAUGGAAAUUGGCAAUGAGCUGGCUGGCUCCUACAAGAAUCUCAUGCUCAGUAGAAUCAAGAGAUCAUUGCACAACGCCAAGAAGUUGUUGGAAGUUUCCCAAGCCGAACAGGAUCAACUUGUCAAGGUUGAGACCUACGUAUACACAGCCUUGAUUCAAGGAAUCUACUCCAUUCACAAGAAACAAUGGGAAGGGGCAGUCAAUGCUCUUUCCAUUGCCAGGUGUGGGUUGGAAUGCAUCUACCAACAGCACCAGAACAAGUUACAGGAGCAGGAUAUCGAUCUGGAUGAUGAGAAGUUUUAUAUCAAGGAGCUUUUGGACUCCAUAGUGGAUUCGUCGCUUAAUUUGGCAGUAUCUCAGCUUGAUACAGUUGCAAAUUCAGACUUCAAGUCGAUUUCUCGUAAGCACUGUAAAGAUGGCAAGUUCCCGUACUUGUCCCCAGCAGUUGAUGCGAUCAGCGCCAUUGAUGCCCAGUAUGUCACUGAAUUGAGCGUUAUUGAAGGGGGAGAAGCAGACGACAACACCGUGAUCAAGUCUAUCCAAUGGAGAGACCACGAAGCGGCCAUUGUGAACGAAGAGAUCGCCAUCAAGAUCAUGAAAUUGAAUAAGUUAAACACAAGCAAAUUCAAGGCCAACGAUUUUGAUGAGAAGUUGGUGAACCAAUGGUCUUUGAUUCUCGAUUUGCACGAAAAUGAUAGCACCAACAAGGAUGAAGAUGAUUUGGAUUUAGUUCAAAGCAGAGCCAUCUUGUCCACCUACCUUCAAUACCAAGAGUUAUUCAGUAAGUUGAAAAGAGAUUUAUUAUUCAUUGAAGAAGUCACCAGUAACCAUAAGGCAUCUUCAAGCUUCAACAAACUUGAAUUGAACAAGGAUACUUACUGGUUGUUGAAUGCAAUUACAUCCACUGUGCAACUGUUAAAGGACUUACCAGGUGUCUACAACGAUGAGGAUUUGUACAAAUCUCUUGAAAACUUGGAAAAGUACUAUGUUGGACAAAAGUAUAUUAAAUUAGCUGAUUCAUUUGCAGUGAAUGAAAGUUUCGCUGAAGCUUUAAGAUUAUACAGUCAUAUCAAGGAAGAAGUGUUACCACAAGGAACUAGAGAUAUCUAUUCUGUCGAUUUUCCAUAUAGUGUAACCAAUAACGAUGAAUACACCCAAUUCUACGCAGAUUUCACUAAAAUGUUCAGUCAAAUUCACAUCUUAGCUCAGUUUGCCGUGGACUUGAAGUCGCCAACUUCAGCAUCUACAAUUAUUGAAAAUGUCAACAAAUAUCCAAUAAAUCUCAAGUUAGAUAACUUAAUCAAUUUAAAUGAAAGGGUUAAAAUAGAACCUAUUUUAACCAAGCCAGUCUUGUUUGAUAUUGGGUUCAACUACAUCAACUACAAUUCUGACCGUUCCAAGGGUUAUGAAUCAACAUCUAGCGCUUCUUCUGCACCAGGAACAGCAUCAACAGCGGCAGGGACCGAUGAAUCUAAGAAGAGUGGAUUUUUUGGUAUUUUUGGAAGAUCAUAA